AUGGGAUCCAAUGCGGGGAAUGAGACGACCAACGACUACGAAGAGACUCUGGUCAACUACGUGAAUUCUCUUGGCUAUACAACGCAGCGAAACUGGACGGGCCGUGGAAGCGAAACGCUUUCGCAGUUGAUACGACGCUAUGACUACAGUGGAGCAAAAGCUCGCUUGAUUCCUUCCACACCGGGAUAUCAUCGUGUCCAUGACAACACCCAGCCUGCUCGACUGGUCGGGCAUCUGGCUCUUCGUGACGCCAUUCGACGUUUUGCCCCAACGCCCGACGCGAUUCAUCCCGCGGUGUGUCAGGUCUCGUCCAUUGGGAGCCUUUCCAAAAAGUACCUUUUGGAGUUUCAGACUUCCAUUGAAUCAGGCCUUGCGCGACAAUACCCCAAGGCAGGAGACGUUGCGUCGGACCAAUCCUUGCGCUUCAAGCUCGUCUUUCCUACAAUGAAAGAGAUCUUUGGUGCCAUGGGGGGCAUUAUGCAAGGUGGUUGCGUUUGUGGAAGCAAACGCAAUGUUAGCGCGGAUGUUUUGCGUCCUCUGUGGCACAAGUGGGCCGCCAAUUCGGCUUCCGGUCCUCUUGAGAAGCCCAAGAAUGUCCCUCACAUCAAGUCUUUCUUUCAAACCAACCGGGAACAAGAUGGCUUUGAUUGGCUGGUCAUUGGCAGCCACAACCUUUCUACCGCCGCAUGGGGAAGUGUGAAGAAGAAUGACGCCAAACACGGCGGAGGAGAUUGUAUCUAUGUGAAAUCGUGGGAACUUGCAGUGUUCUUGUCGCCCCAGACUCUGGGAGUCGACAAACUACUCCUUUGGGGCAACGACAAUGGUGGCAGUGGCCGCACAGCCACAGUACCGCUGCCCUACAAGAUCAACCCCGAUCCUUACGACAGCAACGAUGAGCCGUGGACCGCCGAAAAUAUUAUGCAGGGCAUGCAGUAG